AGCUCUGCCACAUGACACAUUUGUGUAUACUUGGUACAUAUUGUUGUGGAUAAAAAUGUCAUAAAAUAAACAUGAGGGAGACCUAGUAUCCAGUAAAGGGGAGAAGAAGAAAAGACAGGCACCAAGACACACAGAAGUAGUGUGAGGCGGAUAUUGACUGAUAUUGAAUAUUGAAUUGGAAUUACACGUUAAAGAUCUUUAAGAGCAGUAGUAGUCAAAAAAGUCAAAAAGAGGUAUACGAGCUGAGCUGAGGAGUGCUAAUAUACACACACACACACACACACACACACACACACACACACGCGCUGGUACAGUCAAGGGCGGGCAAGUAGACAUAACACACACACACACACACACACUCUCCCUCUCACACACAUACUACAAUAACUUUAUAAGAAUAAUAAAAAGGAAUAUUAAGAUAUUUUAAGGGUAAUAUCUAAUAAUAAUAAUAAUAUAUAUACUCUUUAUAAAAACCAGAAUAAUAGGAUAUGUGGGACAGUAGAAGGGUAAUAUAAUGAUAUUAUGAAGUAGGAAGUACAGUAAACCGUGUUUUCAAGCAGUAUAACUAUAUAUAAAAUAGAGAUAUAGAGCUAAUAUGAAAAUAAAUUAUAAACUAGAAAUGCAGGCUCGCAAGGAAGGCCUUAAUUUUAAGAAAGAACCAUGAGGAGCCAUUUAUAAGGGUGGCUGGGUCAAGCUGCCCCCACUCGAGAUAACGAUAAGACCAAGGUCCCUCUAGGUUGUUUAGUCUUGUCCACGUUCUAUCCUCUGGGUAACCGAAAACUGAAGUUAACUGAAAACUCUGGUUUCUGAUCCUCUGGGUGACUGAAAACUCUGGUUUCUGAUCCUCUGAGCAACUAAAAACUCUGGGUUUUAUUUUCUGGGUUAUUAGAAAUGCCUGGGUUCUGAUUUUAUGUGUAAAUUAAAACCCCUGGUUUCAAUUCUAUGUGUAAGUGAAAUAGCCCUUUUCUGGAACAUAGGAGUAAGGUAAAUGAGCUCUUUUUUUAACCCUAUUGGUAGUGAGAUCAUAGUCUUCUUGAAACAUAUGGGUUAUUUAGUGGUAAAUACAGUAUAAAUACAGGAGCUUAAGCUCAGGGUAUUGGGAUCACUUUUGAGAAUUCUCAUCGGUGUGGAUCUCGUGUGGUGGAAUGGAACAAUAAAGCUGGACCCUUGCUUCUUCUCACUCACGGCUGGUGUAUUUUUUCUAUCUCCAACUGGGCUCAGAGGUAGAUGUGGUACUACUAACAGUUUUGCUGAUGAAGAGAAGAUCCUGGAGGUUGCUGUUAUCUGGAGCUAGUAUGUGUGUACUCAUGCUCUUGGUCUCUUGGAUUAUCCAUGAAAAGGCAAAGAUGAUUUACAGAUCACUGAUGUUCAGAGACGAUGAAACUCCAGAGGACGAGUGUGACUGCAAGAAAAUUUUACAGGGAGACAGAGAUGAGAUUGAUCAUGCUAAGAUUCUGUCCAUCACAAAGAGCUUUAAGAACAUAACACGGAUCACUGAUGAACAAUAUGUCAAGCAGACAAAAGACUGUGAAAAUUUUCGUAGGACUCGUAAGUACCUCCCAUUCCCACUGAGUAAGGAGGAGGAGGCGUUCCCAGUGGCAUAUUCCAUUGUCAUUCACCACAAGGUCCAGAAUUUCGAGAGGCUCCUCAGGUCCAUAUACAGUCCUCAGAAUCUCUACUGCAUCCAUGUAGAUAAAAAAGCCCCUGAGUCCACUAUGAGGGCGAUCAGUGCCAUUGUCGAUUGCAUUGAUAAUGUUUUCUUGGCUAGCCGGUUUGAACAUGUGGUCUAUGCCAGCUGGAGUCGCGUCCAGGCUGACAUCAAUUGCAUGAAGGAUCUUUACCAGGCCAGCAGUCGUUGGAAGUACUUCAUCAACCUGUGUGGGCAGGACUUCCCCAUCAAAACCAACCUAGAGAUAGUGCGUGCCCUUAAAGCACUAGCUGGUGCCAACAGCCUGGAGACUAUACACACACCCCCUAAUAAAGAAUACAGAUGGAAAAAAAGACACCAAGUGAUAAAUGGAAGAAUCCAGACAACCAACCAAGACAAAAAUCCGCCACCCUUGGGCAUAAAGAUAUUCUCAGGUGGUGCAUACAUAGUGGUGAGUCGGGAUUUUGUGCGCUAUGUGCUUGAGGACCCCAAAGCUCAGGUGUUGAUAUCAUGGUUAAAUGAUACAUACAGCCCUGAUGAAAUUAUUUGGGCUACAAUGCAACGCAUCCCUGGUGUCCCAGGGUUUCUCCGUGCACACUCUAAAUUUGACAUCACGGACAUUUACAGCAUCUCCCGGCUAAUCAAAUGGGCAGCACAUGAGGGGGCAUUUGAUGCAGUGUACCCUGCCUGCCAGGGUAUUCACAUUCGGGAUGUUUGUGUAUAUGGGGUUGGGGACCUUCAGUGGAUCCUAGAGCAGCAACAUUUAUUUGCUAAUAAGUUUGACACCGAUUUUGACCCAAUUGUCAUUCGAUGCUUAGAGAAAUACCUCAGACAGAAAGCGCUAAAAGAGUAUCAUUGAUUGCAUACAUGUAUAAUAUACGCCGAAAAGUUUGUGGACACCUGAACAUGACACCCCUAUGUGCUUGUUGAACACUCCAUUCCAAAACCAUUGGAUUAAUAUAAAAGCGGUCCCCCUUUGCUGCUAUAACAACCUCCACUCUUCUGGGGAGCCUUUCCAUUAAUGUGGAAUGUGGCUGUGGGGAUUUGUGCUCAUUCAACCACAAGAGUGAGGUGAGGUCAGGCACUGAUGUCUGGUGAAGAGACCUGGAGUGCAGUCAACAUUCCAAUUCAUCCCAAAGCUGUUGAGUGGGGUUGAGGGCAAGGCUCUGUGCAGGACACUCAAGUUCUUUCACACCAUGUCAUCAUGGACCUCUUUUUUGUGCACAAUGGCAUUGUCAUGCUGGAACAGGUUUGGGCCUCUUAGUUCCAGUGAAGGAAAAAGAAGGGAAAGAAUGUUGUGUUCUUCAAAACAGUUAUUUAUAUGGAUGUGGAUGUGAUGGUCAAGUGAAUACAUACAUUUUGGUCAUAAAGUGCACUCUUAACCUGAAUUAGUUGACUUUACUAGAUAAUUGUGUGGAAACCUGUUGCCUUAUAUCGUUUAAGUUUUUACACAAGGGGAAACUAAACCGGUCAAGUUGUAUUAACAUAGAAGCUUAAUUGAAUGCAGUAGACAAAUCAAGUUUACGCUAGUAGUCCUUACUCAAAAUCAUUAGUUCACAUAAAUUAUUUAUUUUCUGGAGGCUUAGCGGUUAGCGCGUUUGCCUCACACUGCCAGGGUUGGGGGUUCGAUUCCAGCCGCGGCCAUGUUCUCCCUGUGCUUCAGGGGUUUCCUCUGGUUUCCCUUCCAAGUCCAAAGACAUGGAUUGUAGGCUGAUUGGCAUGUCCAAAAGUGUCCAUAGUAUAUGAAUGGGCGUGUGAAUGUGUGUGUGAUUGUGCCCUAUGAUGGAUUGGCACCCCAUUCAGGGUGUCCCCCGCCCUGUGCCCCAUGCCCCUUGGGAUAGGCUCCAGAUUCUCUGCGACCAAGUAUGUGGAUGGAUGCAUUCAAUACAUUCUGCUUUGACAAAAUUGGAUGGGAAGAAAUGAAACAAUACAUUUCAGUGUUCCACUGUAUUUUAUUGUUGACAAAACAUUGCAAGGAAACACUUCAAAUGUGUUGUUGCAGCAACAUCAAACUUGUCAACCAAAACACAAGUAAAAACAAGUAAAACUGCUUGGUAACAAUUCCAACUUCUUUGGAGAAGGAAUAUUCACAGCAUUCAACAAUAUAUGCUUUAUCCAUGUGAACGACUGGACACAUAAAGAUAUGCUUUAAAACUGGGCACAAGCCUCUAAAAUUUCAGCUUGACUGAAGAAGAGCAGAUGAACUGGAAUGUCCAGGCUGGACAUAUCUAGAAUAUCCAACUGGACAUUCCGGUCGCUCAUUAAACUUAAGCCGGUUUUUCAGUGUUUGUAACCUGGGCUUUAGUUCAGUGUGGCUCAACAUGAGAAGUACCUGUUGGAUGAACUGGAAUGUGUUGUUCAUAGACUUGGGGUAGUUGAUAUGCAGAACAUAUGCAAGUCCAAACAGAAUGCACAUAGCUUUUGGCAAGUCUCGAAUGCUGUCCAUCAGAACUUCUCCCUCAAUGAUGAUCAUCAAGAAGGCUGGACUGAGCUGGACGGAAGAAGGAUUAUCCCAAUGUCAAGCUGGUGGAAUGAGUCAAGGUCAUCAGAGUCCUACCAACAUAAGAGCACAAUCAUGACAUUUCUAAUUAAAUAACCAUCAAUAAUGUUAAGCAAUAUAGUCUAGUCGUGGGAGAGUCAGACAGACGAGGGAAGGUGUGUAGUGGUUAUGACUGCUGGAGUAGAUUAAAUAUUCUGGUCUGCACUUAUAGCGCUUUUUUUUUUUUUUUUUUAACCGUAGCGGUUCCAAAGCGCUUUACACUGUGUCUCAUUCACCCAUUCACUCACACACUCACACACACACACACACACACACACACACACACACACACACACACACACACACCAAUGGUAGCAGAGCUGCCAUACAAGGUGCUAACUUGCCAUCAGGAGCAAGUUGGGGUUCAGUGUCCUGCCCAAGGACACUUCGGCAUGUGGAGUCAUGUGGGCCAGGAAUCGAACCACCAUCCCUACGAUUAGUGGAUAACCCGCUCUAGCACCAGCCGCUAGAUUAAACAAACAGAUCACCCAAAGAGAUUGGGAAGUCAAAUAAUGGUUUGAGCUCCACAAAAGAACACUUAUCCAACCUCAUUGUAUUGGGGUUCUGGGAGAUAAUUCUUUUUGGCCAUGACUUACAGUAAAUGGUCCAGCUAGGAAGAAAAGCCACUGGGAACUUGCUGUUCAGGGAAUUUUCACCCAUAUGAUAUGUGCCCUAACUACUUGGCUCUAGCAUGCUUUUUAGAAGUCUGUAGGGUUGUCACCAAGUACAGUAGGAAGCCUUCUGUGCACCAGUGACCGAUUAUCAGUUGGCUCUUUAGUCUUUUGUGGGGUAAAAUGACAACACAUUUUACAUAGCUAGAAUGACAAGGAAUGGAUAGUCGAUUGAAAGCUGAACAACCAAGCACAAUUCUGAUUGUACUGCACAACCAAUAUUGUAGCACUUUCUGUGGCAUGUUAUCAUUACAUAAGCUUUGAAAAACAAUGCAAUGCAAAUUCAGUUAAAUUCCGUUUUAUUUGUAUGACGCUUCUAACAAUGGGCAUUGUCCCGAAGCACCUUUACAGAAGUAUAUAACUUCAGAAUAUGGCAAGUGUAUAAUGGAUAUGGACUAACCCUGAUCUGUUGUGAAAGCUGUGUCAACAGCUUCCCAACAUUCCUUCUCUUUCCCCAUGUUGCUUCAUUCAUAGUCAUUCAACUCUUCCUGUUUCCCAGUUACGGUUCACCGUCACUCACAAACACACAUAAAGCCCACAGCACAGUUAGACUAGCUAUUUUAUGCUAAAUUAAGAUUCCCCAUUGACAAGUAGUUGAAUGGAAAGUUAAUGAAUAAUGUAAAAAAGAUUCAAAUGUACCCCUGCACUGAAUCCCUCUGUGUGUUUCUCUGUAAUAUUAGAAUAUUUUUUGCAUGCUGCUGGACUUUAAAACUGAUCCCGAAUGGAAAAGUUGCCCACGUUGGGUGCAAAGAAUGCAGUUGGAUGAAGAAGUGCAAGUGUCAAAGCACAGAGAGGGGUAGAGAGAGACCCACUUUUUGAUUAAUGCUCCCUAAAUUAACUGUUUACUCUGCAGACUCCCAACAUUCUCAGAUUAUGAUAAUUUUGUGACAGGCAGAGAGAUUGAUGCUUGAGAGCUUGUUUUAAUUAAUGGUUUUGUUUGUCUCCAGAGAAUGGGUUUCUCUUCCUUUUGCUGUUGUUGUUUUUUUUUUUCUUUAACACUUUGUCUCUUGAAGAUUGACUGCUAUGUAAUGGGACCCCCGUGUGUGUUUAGAAAAGUAGAGAAAAAGUAUCUACAGUGAUUAAUUUAUGUUUGAAGGAGAAUGGUACAUGCAGAAAUGUUUGCUUUUAAGUUUUAUGUGA